AUGGCUAAGACAGGCGAUAUCUUCCCUGUGAGAGACCCCGUGAAACGAUGUCUUUUUAUCCCGAAACUCCUCCUGGAAUCGACUAAUUUUUGGCCCGAAAAACGCAAUUUUUUGACCAAAUUCGCAAACUGGGUCAUGUUAAUAAUUUGUGUUUUGAUCGAAAGUGGACAAAUUGCGUUCGUUGUGGUCAACAUCAAAGAUAUAACAAAGAUUGCUUCAGCCAUGUCGACUGUCUCAACCACGUUUCAGGCAAUAACAAAACUCACAGUUUUGUACAUUUACAACGACAAACUUCGCCUGAUUUUGAAAUCAGUCUGGUAUGAAUUUUGGCCGUCUUACACAGCCGGUCGGGAAAUAAAUACGAAACUAGAAACGUACAACAAAAUUGUAAUUGUGAGCUUUCUAACAAUCUUAAUUAGCGGGAUUUGCUUCGCUUUUGGGUUCUUAAGCUCGCCGCUCAUUUCCGGUGAAAGAAUUUUACCGUUUGAGACUGUUUAUCCGUUUGAUUGGACCAAAAGUCCGUAUUAUGAAAUUAUCUACGUUACGGAAUGGAUGACAAACAUUGCAUUCAUUCUCAUUGGAAUUUGUGGCCACGAUUUUCUUUUUAUGGGUCUUUGUAGCAAUGUCGUGGGUCAAUUUACACUUUUGAGGGAGCUUUUUGGUUAUUUGGGUACGAAAAAUGUGGCCCAAAUUAUUAAAAAACUGGGUCAUGACACUAACAUCGAGCCAAAUCGCCAAUUGUUGCGAAUCUGCAUCAUUCAUCACGUCCGAGUGACUGAAAUUUGCAAAGAAAUUGCUGAAAUUUUUAGUUUCAGCUGUUUUAUUCAAUUACUCUCAAGUGUAACAGCCCUUUGUGUCGGUGCUCUAAUUAUGACUUUUGCCGAUAUUGAUGCUGCCUUGUUUACCGUUUCUUCAGCUUACAUUGUUGGCCAUUUGCUUCAGUUAUUUCUCUAUGCGACGCUUGGGAAUGAAGUCAUUUACUAUGCGAGUAGACUUCCGAAUGCUAUUUUUCACAGUCAUUGGUACAAUAUCGAUUUAGAAGUGAAGAAAGAUAUUUUAUUUGUACUUCAAAGGGCCCAAAAGGAAGUAAAAAUUUCGGCGAUGGGAGUCAGUGUUUUAGAUUAUCAAACGUUUAUUCAAGUUUUGAGACUGUCGUUUUCGUUUUACACAAUGCUGAGCAAAGUUACUGAUCACUGAUGAAUAUUUUAUUGCAGCAAAAAGUUAGUUUAAAUAAUAAAUUAAAGUACACCAUUAAUUUUGCACAAUUUGAACCUGUUUUGGCAUUGUUUUUACACCUUAAUCUUUGAUUAAACAUGGCAUACUGAA